CGCAGGAAUGUGCAGACAAGCUGCGUGGAAACUACCGCCGCUCGCGCCUCCAGAAAGAAGAAGUUUGCGUUAAGGAUUUUUGAAGGAGUGUAGAAACAUCUGAUCUCGGUUUAUCUGGUGAGAAGUUGAAGAACGGGUCAUAAAAAGCAGCAAUAGUAUGGAGGUGACCUCCACAACAAGCCGGAUGCUCCGCGGAUGGAUCCUGUGCGCCCUUGUCAUCUUUUACGCACAGAAUGUAACCUCCAAAGCCCUUCUGUGUGGGGAAAAACAGUACUUUAAGGACUCCAGAUGCUGCAACAAGUGUCAGCCAGGAUCCCGCGUGUUGAGUCCCUGCACUGAAUCCCAACAGACCGUAUGUUCAAACUGCAAUCAUCACGAGUAUCAGCCCGGCUGGACAGAUGCCGCAACCUGUAUCCCGAAGAAGUUCUGUGAUACGGGUAAGGGUUUCAUGAGCAGAAAUGAAAAGACCGAAAGUCUUGAGACGGAGGAGCCGUGUCGCUGUAAGCCCGGCUACCAGUGUCACCUCAUCCACUGUGAAUAUUGUGAGGCCAUCCCCACCUGUGAUCCCGGUUACACACUUGAGCUGGAAAAUGACUCUACCAGCGGAAGGAAAGUCUGUGCUCCGUGUAAAAAUGGGUUUUUUUCUGCUGGGGGUCUUAAUGAGCAGUGCAAACCGUGGCGGAGUUGUAAAGCUGAGGGCAGGAGUGAGUUAAAGCCAGGCAAUGCUCAGGCCGACGCCAUGUGUGGAGAGCACGUUUCAGCAUCUCCCUGGGUUUUAGUCACUGUGCUGUUGGUCAUCACUGCCCUGUGUCUCCUCAUCCUGCUGCUGUUCUGCUACAAGGACAAGCUGAAGCUCCUCUCUGUUAAUCUGCGGUCUUGUGUCCAGAAUCUGAAGAGGAGCAGGAUUCAGCAGGAAACUUUGGGCCCUACUUACCACAGUGGAACAGUAGCAGAAAGCCCUAGAACUAGUUCCCCAUGUGAAACCACCAAACUCAUCUGCCAAUCACCUCACAGUCCUGGAACCGAUUCGCCGAGCACCGUUCCAUCUCCUCCUGUGUCCAACGUCGGGGUGUCUCCAACCUCCGCGAAAGAGAUGGUGGAUAAAGAAGACAUCAAGGAGAAGAUGGUGGCAGAGAAUGGCAGGGUGUCAGGGGAGCCAGAGGAGCUUUCAGAAGAAGAGGUUUUGAAUGCGCCCUUGCAUUUGGCAGGGCCUUGUACAUGCGUCGUCCCCGUCCAUGAACCACUGGAAGUAGGGGAAAAUGAGGACUGUAGCCAGGCUGUGGAUCCUGGGAUGUCCGGAACCUGCUCAUGUGGCAUUCUUGAAAAAGAAAGAAAUGGAGAAAAGAGACAGCAAAACAGAAAAGAGGAGAACGAAAGAGGAGGACAAAGACCUGAAAAUAUUAGUUCAUCAUCUAACGGUGAGACCUGUGUCACAUAUCCUGUCUCGGUUUCUUCUUCUCUCAUCCACGCCUCCUCCACGAUCCCAAUAUCCAAUCCACCUGCUGAAGUCUGUGUGCCAUUGUCCCAGGCUGCAGUCAGACCUCAGUACAGAUCCAACCUAUCUGACACAUCACCCAUAAAACAGGAGGAAGAUUCCAGACUAGCAAAUGCAAACUCCGCCUCACAUGAUAGUAGCUCAGCUUCUGCCACCACCUUGGUCAACGCAUUGAUGACCUCCACAUCCGCGGGACAUUUGUACCUGGACAAACCGUCUGAGGCGUCUGGGUCGGAGAAAGACCUGGGGGUUUCCUCCAGGGACAACAAGCUCUCUUCGGGAGAGUCGGAACUGGGGUGUUCUCCGGAGAGCCUCCACAGUCGGCUGGUUGAACCAAGUCUUACCUCAGGUACUUCAGGUAUGGUUUCCGGGAACCACAACACGACCUUCAUCUCCAGCGGUCAGGUGAUGAACGUUUCCGGAGACGUCAUUGUCGUCUACGUCAGCCCGACGUCUCACAGCGGCGAGGAGAGCGGACAGGGCGGCACCUUCGGGAGCCCCAUCCAGGAGCAAGCCAACGAAACGACUCAGUUUUUUCAGAGCAGCUUGAGACCUCAAGGGGACUCCAUUACCCACAACACCUCACAAGGCGAGACACUGCCGGUCCAAGAAGUGAGACAGGAGAGGCAGAGGGGAAAGUGACAUUUGUUCCACCAUAUCAGGUUCUGAUGGAAUCCAAAGAAAGGGAAAAUUAGUUUGUUAAUUUUAUAUUUUUUCUUAUGGUGUCGAGCUUUUAACUGGAACCAAAUAUUAAUACAUAUCUAAUUUAUUCAAUAACCUUCAAACAUAAAAAAAAAUUUUUUUUGUUUUGACAUCAAGCUAAUUUAGACUUGCUUUGUAAAAUAAGAUGUCCACCAUGUGGGCAGAGUUUUUUAAAAUGUUUCUAAGUUUAAAAAUUGAGGUUUUUACAAAAAGCAAAAAGAAUUUUAAAUAUUUAAUUAAUCCCAACUUCUCACUGGAGGCGUCAGCGGUGCGGAACGGCAGCGGGACAGUUUUAGUGGAUGCCGAUCCUCACCGGGAGAGUCUCGGCUGUCCGCCAUUAAAUCAAAAAGAAGAUCCCGUUUGAUGUCACUGUGUGAUGUCAUUUAUGAUGUUCCUCUCCACUGCCAGGAUUGAAGCCAUGAAAAACACACCGUUGCACUUCUCGAAAAAAGCUGGUAAUAAAUGAGACGUAAGGUCACACUUAUCGACGUAAUUUACAUAGAUAUGAAAUCGCAUUGCUGCAAUAGUCUUUUAUUUUGAAAAUGAUCGGACAUUUUACACUGAAACCGUGUGUAAUUUUGUUUCUGGGUCUAUGUUAACUGCAGAAAUAUUCAGGCGCAUCCCAGAAACAGCUUGCGCCUAACGUAUAUUUAGCAGCAUGGCAAACUGCUUCUGGGAUGCGCCUGAAUAUUUCUGCGCUGCGGCCGGUAUGGAUCAACUCUAAAGACUCUGAAGGAUUCGGUUUGAAGUAUAGCUACGCUUCACGCUGCUGACGUCUCCAGUGUGGCGUCAGGCUAAGAGAAGCUAACAGAAUCUAGUUCACAUUACAGCAGUAUGAAGCUUCUUUAAUCUGUUCCAAGUCAUUAUUUUCUUGUUCCUGCACCACAUGUGCAGUUUGAGUAGAAAAAUGCUAUGCAUUUGAUAAGCUAUUUUAUCACUGGUUUGACUCUUUUUAUUCUGUUUUAAUCUUUGAUGAAAAGAAGUAAAAUGUUUGUUUAAAAUAUUUUAGCAGAAGUAAAUCGUUGGUGCAUUUUUCACAAGUUGCCUUUGUGAUAAAUAGUUUUAUAUAUUUCCCGAAAAAGUUUGCUGAUUUGUGAAUAUCAAGGGAUAUUUUUAAUAUACAUGUGUGAUGUGUUUUGAUAUACUGGUGCCACCGACAGCAGGAAAAAAUGAGCACAAUUUGGGACUUUAAAGAAAAUUUUGAUUUGUUUCUUUAAAAGUAACAUGAGGUAAGUUCCUGAGGCUUUUAUUUGUUUUUUCGUUGCCUUUUUGGGCUUUUAUUUUGGUAGAUUUUCUAUAGAAUACUGGUCCUUUCAUCUGCCUUCUUGUUCUAACAUGAAUCAUCUUGUUGGUUUUAAAACAAUCGAACAUAAAAAAGGGUCUGAAAAGAAAGUUCUGUGUAAUUGAAGUCUAUUGGUCCAUUCCAUGAAAAUUAAAACCAAAUCCAUUAUGAAUCCAGGAGGGGCUGGAAAAGGUUUUCUAAUUAGCAUUCACAACACCUUUUUGAAAGCACUGCUGUUACAGCAUUCACCAAAUACAUCUUAAGACUCUGACAGGGAUGCUAACUUUGAGUCUUUAUAGUGUUUAUGAGCCAAAUCUUGCUAGCAGAUAUUUAGCUAAAUGUUUGUUAGCUUUAACAAGGUGAAAGUUAGCUAAUGUUUGUGUUUACAAGAGCUCAUUGAUGUUAUUUAUGUGUGUUGCAGCUCCUUUUGGCCAUUUUCAUACCAAACCACUGGGCCCUGAAGCCCGCUCAUUUCAGUGGUUUGCACAAAUGACAAUUAGCUUAGCUGUCGUCUAUAAGCUAGGUCAAACAAUCACAAAGCUAACAGAUACAGAAAUCAUGUGGCAGAAGUUUGUUGCACUGAGACCUUGGGGCCUUUUGUACCCUUAACCUCCUUGGUGCUCGGAUUUUAGUACUUCAUUCAGACAAUAAGUUCCUGCUUUAAAGGAACAUAUUAUGUAAAACUCACUUUUUGCAUCAAUUUGCACUGCCAUGUGGUUUUCUACUUCUUCUAUAAACACCAAAUGUUAGGAAAUAUGUGCCUAAAACAAGCAGUUUUGAAAAGCCCCCGUUUGUGAUGUCACAAAUAAGGAAAACAGAACCACCUCUAACACGCAAGAGAGAGCUGCUGUUGGAGGAGGAGUAACUCUACGUGAGCCCCUUCCAGAUAUCGGAGUUUCUCAGCUUAUAGCAGCCUGAGCAGGGGGUGGGUGUGGCCAGUUCCAGCUUGCUGUCUUAAAGUGACUGAGCCCUGAAAAGGGACUCAUUCUGGAAGAUACCAAAGCUGUUGAGAAUAAAACUGCUUUAUGUGAGAGGGAAUUUGUGCAAAGAACUUCAUAAUUAUGUUUCGUAUUGACCAUAGAACUAUUAUAACUUACAAAAAAGUAAGUUUAGAAGAACCCAUGUCACAACUGGUUUGUGCUUUCUUUGGAAAAAAGGCUGAAGGGAACUUAUUUUGUGUUCAAAUCGUUCAAAAGGUAAAAAGUAAACGCUUCUGGAAACGUCGGUGCAUUGUCUCAGCCCUCACCGUAUAAAUCAUGUACAUCAAUCAAACAUGUUGCAAUGAUUAAAUAAAAGACUAUUUUGAUUGAAAUUAAA